AUUGCCCACACGUGCCUACGCCGCAAGCAAUGGACACGAGUGCCAAUGCACCGGUCUGUCCAGACUGGGUCUUUCUGAACAACUCCAAUGUCCACGUCGCAAAAGAUCGGGGCUGGUUCAAGACCUACACUCCUUUCGCCUCUACAAUCACCCAUUCACCCUUCACGACCCCUGGCCAAUUCCCGGUCUUAGGGGUAGGCACCGUUGAGAUCCCCACCAAACGCUCGCCCAAACGGGCCGGUGUAGCCUCCCACGACUCUCUACACCUCAAGGAGGUCUUGCACGUGCCUGACUUCAUCUGCAACGUGAUUGGAGCCCCGAUUCUUUCCGAUGGCUACAACGUGAUACUCUCAGGACGCUCAGGAACCAUCAAAGACGCCAAGGGCAGGAACGCCGCUUUCUUCGACCCCAACAGACCGCUCUACACCAUCAAGCUUCGAACCCACCCCGACGGCCCCAAACUGGGUUCAUAUGCACUGCGCAAGGACACAAUGUACGUGCUCAGCUGCGAAUGGGACGCCGCCCAACAGCGUAGAUGGAUAGAGUUCAACAACCGCGGCGCAGAAGCUGCCCACGCCGCUGGCACAGAACCACCGUACACGGCCGUCGAGAAAGCAUUUCUGAAGGCGCACUGGCGCGAUGAGUAUCACUUCCUCCUCCCCCACGGCUUGCAUAUCCACAAAGAAGAGGACCGCGCCGAGGGCCGCGCGAUUCUGCGCUCGCUGAUGGAGGCCGAGGAAACCUACGAUAGUGACGGUGACGACGAGGAGUUCUCGGACGACGAAAGCCAAUUUAGAGGCCACCAGGCCGACUACAACUUCUCUGAGAAACAGCUCGAGUGGAUCGAGACGCAUUACGGUAACUCGGAGGUCUUUAUGCUGUCGUACGGUCUGAAGUUCUACGACGAUGACGAUGUUGAAGAGGCGAAGGCGAUUGCGAAUGUGAUGAUGGCGGAUGACGAUGACGAGUAGGUUUUGUAUCGGUAUGCUGGGGUCGAUGUAUGCAGUGAGUUCUGUACUCCACCCACGUUUGCGCUGCCCACCUGGCACUUUUGUGGAUUCAAACAAUCUUAAUCAUAGUCAGUACGCCACAGAAGUAAGUGACUCCAUUAGAUAGAGC